AUGUCGACAACUCAGCAGACGUCGGGUCCGGCCCCGGCUCCGGCCCCCAGACCGGCACCCGCACGGGAAAACAUCAUCAAGUCCCAGUACCCCAACCCCGAGACCCUCGCCUUCCAGUUCCGGUCCGGCAUCUCGCAGCCCGUCGUUGCGGCCUUUUGCGCCGGCGGCGUGGCGGGCGCCGUGUCCCGGACGGUCGUGUCGCCGCUCGAGCGCCUCAAGAUCCUGUUCCAGGUCCAGAGCGUCGGGCGCGACGAGUACAAGCUGUCGGUGGGCAAGGCGCUCAAGAAGAUGUGGCAGGAGGAGGGCUGGCGCGGGUUCAUGCGCGGCAAUGGCACCAACUGCAUCCGCAUCGUGCCGUACUCGGCCGUGCAGUUUGGGAGUUAUAAUUUCUACAAGCGGAACAUCUUUGAAUCACAUCCCGGCGCUGACAUGUCGCCGCUCACCCGCCUGGUCUGUGGUGGCCUGGCUGGCAUCACCUCCGUCACCUUCACAUACCCCCUCGACAUCGUGCGGACCAGGUUAUCGAUCCAGACUGCCUCGUUUGCCGACCUGGGCGCAAAGCCGAAAGAGAUGCCGGGCAUGUGGGGGACGCUGACCACGAUGUACAAGACGGAGGGUGGAUUCUUGGCUUUAUACCGGGGAAUCAUCCCUACUGUUGCUGGCGUUGCACCAUACGUCGGCUUGAACUUCAUGGUGUACGAGUGGGUGAGGAAAUACCUGACGCCGGACGGCGAGAAGAACCCCAGCGCCAUGAGGAAACUGCUCGCGGGUGCGGUCUCAGGUGCUGUGGCGCAAACGUGCACAUACCCAUUUGACGUCCUCCGCCGCCGAUUCCAGAUCAACACCAUGUCCGGCAUGGGCUACCAGUACAAGUCAAUCACCGACGCCGUGCGCGUUAUCAUCGCGCAGGAGGGCAUCAAGGGAAUGUACAAGGGCAUCGUGCCCAACCUACUCAAGGUGGCGCCGAGCAUGGCGUCGAGCUGGCUGAGCUUUGAGAUCACGAGAGACUUCCUCGUCAGCCUCAACCCGGGCGAUGAGGAGGUCAUCUUAUAA